AAAAUAAGCGGGUUUUGGUGGCGAGAGCUACUGGCUGUAUUAUUUAACAAUUAGGGACGCGGGCGCCCUUUCGAUUUGGUUAAUGACAGAUAUAUCGACAAUAUCAGACGCCGGAUACCACUGCCGAGGAAUUGUUUGAUAUAUUUUGGAAUCAUUAUUUGAGCAGACUGAAAGCAGAAUAAUUAGAAUAUUAUGGCGGCCAUAGAUCUAGAGCAGAGCGUAUUCUGAGGCCCAUGUCUUUUCUCUGGAAGCCCUAGAACCAGUGUCCUUCUCCUCCUCUUCUGUUGGUGGUGGCUUCCCCUGUAGAACCAUGUCGGCAGCACAGACUCAGAAGGACGGUGAAGGCCCCUGGGGACUGGAUUCCCUGGGCCUGAGCCAGAGAGAGUUGGUAAUGGCUGAAGCUCUACAGAUGGAGUAUGAUGCCCUGUCAAGACUUAAACAGGAUAAGGGUGGGGAGAGCGAGGGGACCAGCAGCCAGGGGGUUGGGAGGUUACCUACGCUACCCCCUAGGGAGGGCCAGAGCCAGAUCGAUCGCCCCCUCCCACCCUGCCCCAGCCCUCUUCCUCCAGGAGGGAGUUUGCUAAGAGGGCUGUCUGGUUCGGACCCAUUCCUCAACCACCUUCAGCCUGGGGGGUCCCACUCCCCACGUCCCUCCCCAGCCAGGGCCACUCCUCCUCUGGGAAGCUACAGCAAAGAGCCCCUCUAUAUCCUGGAGAGUUCAGGGAAGGGGGACUACCUGAACUCCAGCUAUGGGCACUCAGGGUCUAGCUAUGGUUCUCCUCUGACUCUGCUUAAAGGCUUCCCCCCUCCGGAUGACCCUCCUCCUGCUGUACCCCCAAGGACCCCUCUACCCCCCUCCACUGAGCCCUUCCCGCCCUCCCGACGCACUGUGGUGCCCCGGGAUGUCAACCUGUUCACCCCUGAGGUAGACCAGCCCAAACUGUCGUCAGGGGAGAUGCUCAACUACGAGAGCCUCAACGACGCCCUCUCCAAGCUCAAUGGCGAUUGGCUGGCGCCAAGGGGUAGGCGGGCCAAUGGGGACCAAUCAGGGAAGCCGGUGGCUCGGAGUAAGACCCUCCCCCCUCAGGUGCCCCCCCGCACUUACGUACCUAUCCAGAAGAGCAACAAGAACCAGCGCAGAGUGUCGGCCGACCCGGUGUCUCUGGGCCCCAGGCUUAAUGGUUUCGGCUAUGAGCUCUUCCAGGUGUCAGAGGAAAGAGAUGAGGAGGUGGCCGCCUUCUGUCACAUGCUCGACGUGUUGCGGUCGGCGUAUCCAAGCAACGACCGCUCUAAGAACUCUGGGUUUGUGUGGUCGCCUUCAGUGGGGCCUGAAGAGUUGCAACAGGGGUUAGGGGUCAGCGUCAAAGUUACGGUCAUCAGCGACCACGCCAGAGAACCACUCACCUUCACCUGUGACGGGUCAUCUACAGUGGACCUGUUGAUCUACCAGACGUUGUGUUAUGCUAAUGAGGACCUGGACCACAUCGACGUCGACCACUACCUGCUCAAAGUCUGCGGUCAAGCUGAGUUCCUAGAGAAUUCCCAGACAUUGGCAGAGUUGGAGUAUAUCCAGCUGUGUCUGAAGUUUGACUGGGACAUCCGUCUCUUCCUGACCAAGAGAGGCUCUGUCAACACAGAACUGGGCCGCACGGAGGAUGAUGAUGACACGCCCUCUACGAUGAACCACGGCAUUCUGCUGCAGGAACGACCAAUCAGACAGACCGUUACUAGAGAGGCUUUGACUCUGCUCCUGGAUACCUUUCACAACGAGGCUGAGUCCUUUCUACUAUCAGAGGUGGAGCUUGUGUUGCAUGUGGAACGGUUGGUCCAAUCAGUGAAGGCUCUCUGCAGCUCGCUGGCUGCCGUGGAAACGCCUGACAUCACUUCCGCCCUCAACCAGCUCCCAGCAUGCCCCUGUCGUCUGCAGCCUAGAGUACAGAAGGAUCCGUCACUGCUGGCCAUCAAAGAGAACAGAGAGAAAGUGGUGGAGAAGCUGACGGCAGCCAUUUUGGAUCUGGUGGAGCUGUACUGUAGCACGUUCAAUGCUAACUUCCACACCACGGUGCAGAGCAACCGGCACACGGCACCCACACAGGAAGCAGGCCUGGUCACCAACGUCCUGUCUUUCAGCGUCUACGCUGCUCACCGCAUCCCCAUCACAUGGGCUGCCAGCUACGAGGGCUUCUUCCUGUCAUGCUCUCUGACCCAUGGAGGGGUGGAACUUUGUGCCCCGCAGCACACCAGCAAACAGCAGGUCAGCAAGUACCUGUUUCACCUGGUGGUCUGGGACCAGAGGGUGUGUUUCCCAGUGCAGAUUAACCAGUUGCCAAGGGAGACCCAGCUGACGGUGACUCUGUAUGCCAGCGCUCUGCCACCCCCUGGAGGUGCGGAGGAGAAGGGCAGCAAGCAGCGGCGGAGCAUCGACUCUCUGGGCUGGGUCACCAUGCCCCUCUUCAACUUCAGACACAUCCUGACGUGUGGGAGGAAGCUACUGGGUCUGUGGCCUUCCACCCCAGGAAGUAACACUCGCUCCAGCUCCCCCAACUUCAGCCAGCCUGACAGCGUCAUCCUGCAGGUGGACUUUCCCACGUCGUCGUUUGAGGUGCGCUUUAGCACCCCCCCUCCCGCAGAGUUCAGUCCCCAUUAUGACUUCUCCAGGCUCGACCAGCACAGCCAGAGACAACUGCAGGAUGUACUGCACAAGAAGUCACUCUUCUGGUUGACUCCAGAGGACAAGCGUCUGUUGUGGGAGAAGCGUGCGUUCUGCCAGUCAGAGAGUGGUGCCCUGCCCCUGGUGCUGGCUAGUGCCCCCCGCUGGGAGUGGGCAUGUCUGUCAGAUAUCUAUGCCCUGCUCCGCCAGUGGGCAUGUCUCAACCACCACGACGCACUGGGCCUUCUGCAUGCCACCUUCCCUGAUCAGGAGCUGAGGCGUACUGCAGUACAGUGGAUGGACUCCAUCUCUGACCCUGAGCUGCUGGACUUCCUGCCGCAGCUGGUGCAGGCUCUGAAAUAUGAGUGUUACCUUGAUAGCCCGUUGGUACGUUUCCUGCUACGGAGAGCCAUAGGGGACAUGCGCAUUGCACACUACCUCUUCUGGUUGUUGAAGGACACUCUGCAGGACAGUCAGUUUAGUGGGAGGUACCAGCACCUGUUAGCAGGCCUGCUGUGCUGUGUGGGUCGGGGUCUCAGGGAGGAGUUUGACAGACAGUGCUGGCUGGUCACCAUCCUGGCUAAAGUAGCCCAACGUGUCCGGGACGCCUCUCCCUCCAGCAGACAGGCCAUCCUUCGGGAGGGACUGGAGGAGGUCAGGCAGUUCUUCUCAGUCAGUAGCAGCUGCCGUCUCCCCCUCAAUCCUGGCAUGCUGGUCAAAGCCAUCAACAUACAGUCGUGUUCCUACUUCAACUCCAAUGCCGUGCCUCUCAAACUGUCCUUCCAGAACCUGGACCCUCGAGGAGACAACAUCAACGUCAUCUUCAAGUCAGGUGAUGACCUGCGCCAGGACAUGCUGACCUUGCAGAUCAUCCGCAUCAUGAACAAGAUCUGGAUCCAGGAGGGACUGGACAUGAGGAUGGUCAUCUUCAGAUGCUUCUCUACUGGACGAGGCAGAGGUAUGGUGGAGAUGAUCCCCCAGGCUGAGACUCUGAGGAAGAUCCAGGGGGAACAUGGAGUGACUGGUUCCUUUAAGGACCGCCCCCUGGCUGACUGGCUACAGAAACACAACCCCACAGAGGACGAGUACGAGAAAGCUGUGGAGAACUUCAUUUACUCGUGCGCAGGCUGCUGCGUGGCCACCUACAUCUUGGGUAUCUGUGAUCGCCACAACGACAACAUCAUGCUGAAGACCAGCGGUCACAUGUUCCACAUCGACUUCGGCAAGUUCCUGGGACAUGCACAAAUGUUUGGCAACAUCAAACGGGACCGUGCUCCGUUUGUGUUCACCUCUGACAUGGCCUAUGUCAUCAACGGAGGAGACAAACCUUCCAGUCGCUUCCAUGACUUUGUGGACCUGUGCUGUGAGGCCUACAACCUCAUCCGCAAACACGCACACCUCUUCCUCAACCUACUGGGACUGAUGUUGUCAUGUGGCAUCCCUGAGCUGUCCGACCUGGAUGAUCUGAAGUACGUCUACGACGCGCUGAGACCUCACGAGUCUGAGGCUGACGCCACCAUGUACUUCACCAGGUUGAUAGAGUCCAGUCUGGGCAGUGUUGCAACUAAGUUGAACUUCUUCAUCCAUAACUUGGCCCAGAUGAAGUUUGCCUCAUCCGAGGAGCGUCCUGUGCUCUCCUUCGCCCCGCGGGUUUACACCCUCAAGACUGACGGACUCAUCCGCAACCUCUUUGUCUGCCGACACAUACGAACCUACAGCCCCAGCAAAGGAUACGCGUUUGUGGUGAAGGUGGAGCGGGAGGGCCAGCAGGGGUCAGUGUUGGUCCAGAGGAGCUUUGAGGAGUUCUAUGAACUACACAGUAAACUACGCCUCAUCUUCCCCUCAUCCAAACUACCCAGUUUCCCCAGCCGCUUUUUGAUUGGGCGGUCUCGGGGAGAGGCGAUGGCUGACAGGAGGAAAGAUGAGCUGAACGGAUACGUCUGGCAUCUGGUGCAUGCUGCGCCAGAGGUCGCCCAGUGUGACCUCAUCUACACUUUCUUCCAUCCUCUGCAAAGAGACGAGAAACCUGGAACAGUGGUGAACACACUGCAGAGCAAACCUGCAGAGAUCUGUUGGGGUCCAGUCUCAGGCAAAGUGGUAGGAGAGGUCAAGCUCUCCAUCUCCUAUAAGAGUGACAAGCUCUUCAUCAUGGUCAUGCACAUACGAGGCCUGCAACCCUUGCAGGAUGGGACAGACCCUGACCCCUACGUCAAGCUGUACCUCCUCCCAGACCCCCAGAAAACCGGCAAGAGGAAGACCAAGGCUGCGAGACGCACCUGCAACCCCACCUACAAUGAGAUGCUGGUGUAUGACCGUAUCCCUCGCGGGGACCUGCAGCAGAGGGUGAUCCACCUGCGGGUGCUGGGGGAGGGUGCGUUCUGGGAAAACACCCUGCUGGGCGAGGCCUUCAUCCCCCUGAAGACCCUGACAGCCGGGCAGUGCUGGGCAGACUGGCACCAGCUGGGCACGCCCAGCACCGACUCCACACGCUGAGAAUGAGAGUCGGAGGUGGAGGGUGAGAGGGAGAGAGGAACGACUGAUCAGGUUGUGCGUGCACACAGGUGUGCGUGAGUGCGUUCAGUUGUUAUGGUCAGAGUUGUCCAGCUUCUCGGGCUGGUUUAUUCCCCCAGUGGGGGUGUGUGUGGACCCGUAUCCUGCCCAGGUGGGAUGUGUGUGUCCUAUGUAGGUUUGAGGUGUGUUUGUGUGUGUCUGUAGACUCAUUGACUCAUUCGCUCCCGAGUGGUGCAGCGGUCUAAGGCACUGCAUCUCAG